GACAAGAGUAACUCAAGCCUUCAGAUAUUUCCCUUCUGAGCUUUGAUUAGUGUGGCCUAGUUGUUGUUUUCUCGAUGAGAAAGGCUUCUUCCACUAUGCAUUGCGCACUUCUGCGCUUUUGGGUUCCCUUGUUGCUGCUUGCUAGCUUCAGCUAUGCUCCUUCUGUUUCGGCCACAACUGAAAUUUCAGGGAAUGAAGUGAACACAGAUGGGAAGGUGAUAAAUGAAGAGUUAGCAAAACCAAGUCUAAAAGGACAUGAUGAAGAAGCAAAGUUCAAAGGAUUUUUUCCAAAACCAAUUCCUAUAGUUAAACCAAUUCCAAAGCCAAUUCCUAUUAUUAAACCUAUUCCAAUUCCAGUUUAUAAGCCUAUUCCAAAACCAAUUCCCAUUGUUAAGCCUAUUCCAAAGUCAAUUCCAGUUGCUAAGCCAAUUCCUAAUGAAGAAGAAAAAUUCAAAGGAUUUAUUCCAAAGCCAAUUCCUAUAAUUAAGCCUAUUCCAAAGAUAAUUCCUAUUGUUAAACCUAUUCCAAAGAUAAUUCCUAUUGUUAAACCUAUUCCUAUUCCAGUUUAUAAGCCUAAACCAAAACUAAUUCCUGUUGUUAAGCCAAUUCCUGUUAUUAAGCCUGUUCCAAAGAUAAUUCCCGUUGUUAAACCAAUUCCAAUUAUUAAACCUGUGCCAAAACCAAUUCCCAUUAUUAAGCCUAUCCCAAAACCAUUUAUAGUGAAAAAGCCCAUCCCGACUGUUGAGUCGGAGGAAUUUCUAAAACCAAAGCCUUUCUUCAAAAAGCCUAUUAUUCCUAAGCUACCACUUCACCCCAAAUUCAAGAAACCACUUCUACCACCAUUGCCAAUUCACAAGCCAAUUCCAACUCCAUAAGAGUAUAAUACUCUAUCUCAAACUAUAAAGUUAUCGGUUCCAUUUCUAAAUGCCUUUAUAAGUACAGCUACAUCGUAUCUCAAAAUAAACUUCGUACUCCUCUCGUGUACUGUAAUGGAAAAUAAGUAGUUCAUGCUCUCUGUUCAAUGAAGUUCUCGGUGUGAUCGUUUGUAGAUCGAUUAUAUUAAUGUAAUAGAUGGUACCAGUUAUUCCUUUUCU